CCCUGGCGGCCAGGCGGGGCAGCAGCCGCUCGGCGCUGAUUGGCGGGGCGCGGAGCGGCGGCGCGGGGCGGAGCGGGAGAAGCGCUUUCUCUUCUGGUUGGGGGCAGCGAUGGGGGCGACGCUCAGCACGUUGGGUCGCUUUGUGACAUACCCAAUAUGGCUAAUCUACACCACCAUCCUGAGGAGGCUUUUCGGGAGUCACAAUCACGCAAUUACUCUGGAGGAUCCUGAAGUGAAGUAUGCAUUGAGGCUGAUUGAUAAGGAGGAAGUUAGUCAUGAUACAAGAAGAUUUCGAUUUGCUCUCCCUUCUAGAGACCAUAUUCUGGGUCUCCCUGUAGGACAGCAUAUCUACCUGUCUGCACGGAUUGAUGGAGCUCUGGUUGUUAGACCUUACACUCCGGUUUCUAGUUACGAUGACAAAGGCUUUGUGGAUCUUGUUGUCAAGGUCUACUUCAGAGGUGUCCAUCCAAAGUUUCCUGAUGGAGGGAAGAUGUCCCAGUACAUAGACGGCCUGAAAAUAGGGGAUACUAUUGACUUCAGAGGACCAAGUGGCCUACUUGUCUACAAAGGAAAAGGAACGUUUGCUAUUCGGCCUGAAAAGAAAGCUGAACCAGUUAUUAAGAAAGUGAAAUAUGUGGGGAUGAUUGCAGGUGGGACUGGGAUAACACCUAUGCUGCAGAUCAUUCGAGCAAUCAUAAAAGACGAACACGACCCUACCAUUUGUCAGCUGCUCUUUGCUAAUCAGACAGAGAAAGAUAUCCUGUUACGUUCCGAGCUAGAGGAGAUCCAGGUUCAGAAUCCCGGUCGCUUGAAGUGCUGGUACACGCUGGACAGAGCACCUGAGAAUUGGGAGUACAGCCAAGGAUUUGUGAACCAAGAGAUGAUGAAAGACCACCUGCCCCCACCUCAAAAUGAUGUUCUGAUCCUCAUGUGUGGACCUCCUCCCAUGAUCCAAUAUGCUUGCAUUCCUAACUUGGACAAACUGGGCUACACCAAGGACAUGAGGUUCUCUUUCUAAAGAGGACCGAUAAUCCAGUGAUCUUGAGUAAAAGGGAAGAAAAAAUGUUUAAUGGGGAACAGGACUAAGUUAGAGAUGGCUGAUGCACAGUGCUGGGAAGCAACAUUUACAUUAAAAAUGCUUCAUCUUUUCUGAAUUUCUGGCAAGUAAGACACUGAAGCUCAACUGUAUUAAAAUUGUACUGUAUGUUGCACAGAAACAACUGUAUUGUGGAAAGAUAGUGAUGCCUAGUGCGGGGCUAUAGGGUAUAUUCCACCUCAAGGGAGGACAGUAUAGCUGCUUAGGGCAGUAAACACUCAUUUAUGCUUUUUCUUAGCAUUGUAAUCAAAUGGCAGUAAUAUCCUACUUCCUAACACUGUGCAUACCCAGUAUUUUGUGUGGUAUGAAGUAUGAAAAUACAUGGAAUGUGCUGGAUUAUCCACCGUUUAUGCCAAAUUUUAAUCCUUACAGAGCUUUUACAGUAUGAAGGCCAGGGAGGAGCGUUUGCCUUUUAUGUGUGGUCUUUGCAACAUCAGAAGCUUAAAGGUUCUUGUUCAAUUGAAGGAUGACAGUUAACCAGUUAUGACUUAAGCAUGACUGAAGUUGUUCAAGCUGCCUUGUUAAUCAAAACAGAGGUAGACAGCAACACAAAAAUUGUUUCCUUUGUAUUUUGAAGUAGUCUCUCUUAAAUGCAAACACUUCUUCAGCUGGUCACAGUUCUUAUCCCUGGGCAAUGAAAGAAACUACAGAAAGCAGGCUGCUUUGUGCACUGUUUCACAAAUAGCCGGAAUUGGUUGUAUGUGUGUGGAAUACCAGGGAAAAAAAUAACAACUUUUGUAUUUAUUCUUAAAUAGCGGGUGGUGCCAUAGGAGUACAAAAGCAGUUCUGGAUGUGCUGUGCAGUGAAAAAAAUGCUGAGUGAAAACUGGAUCUAGUUUCAGUUUCUUGUUUCCUAGAGAAGGAUUUGGAACAAAGGGGGCUGAGCUCAGGUUUCAUUGCCAGGGUGGGUCUCAGGUAGCCCAGCUUCGCAUGUGGUGUGGUGCGUGCGUGCAGCUGGGGGACUUGCCUGCAUUUCUUGCUCAGGCGAAGAAGCCCCAAAGGGUUUUGCUUGGUACAAUGCGUGGGAACAGCCUUAAGUCACAAAACUGACAGCAAAUCCAAAUGUCUCACUGAAUCUAAAACCAUUUCUUAGAUGCUCUUUAUGAUAGCUCUGGUUUUUAUUUUUGUAAUAACUUUUUUUACAGCAGCCUUUAACCUAGUCUGUAGUAAACUUAAGGCAUCUUGUGUGCCGAACCUUCUGCUCCGAAACAACAGAUACUGCUGAGAUUAGAGCUGUCCUGCAAGGAAUCUAUGGAACUAAAAAUCUUGCUUUGGUGAUGAAAUCAGAGUGACGGAAAGGAUGUGUGAUUGUAUAUGAAGAAAUGUGGAUGUUAGUUAGCUACAAGUGUCACUGUAUAAUACCAGUUUUAAAAAGAUUCUGAUAGGUAUUUGAGGGUUAUAGCUUGCCAUGUUUUCUUUUAUGCCUGUACAACAGAUGGGUACUGUGUGCUUACAAGGUUAAUUUUCACCAUGAAUUAAAUGGAGAAAAAGAUACACAGUUAUUUUAAGGAAUCUCAAAUGGAUAAUACUGUUAAUAAUUUUAUUAAUUAGAUGCUUGCCUCUGAAGUCUUGAAUUUUUGAUGUGUGCUUCUGAAACUUGUUCUUUAAUACUAUGCUCCAAAGUUCAAAUAAUACUUAAAGUAAGUUUCAGUCCCUUUUUUAAGAGAUGAAAAGCAGACAUAUGAGAGAAAUUAUCUUGCUGCUGGUUUAUAUCAGUGUGGGAUAUGCAUAGAUUUUUUAAUUAUUUAACGACAUUUUCUUGUUAAAAAAAUAACUAGCUGGUUACACAUCAACUAUUUUGUAUUACUUUGCUUAUUCAAUUACUGGCUUUUUUCACAUCUGUGUAAGAAAUAAAGUAUCUUGCAGGUGAAUCACCUGUGUCUUACUGAGCAGAUCAUCUUCAACCUCAUAAAAGACAAACUAUAUUUGCAAAAAUAUCUCUAUAAAGUGAAGGUUCAAAAAGGAAAAAAAAAGCCUGUUAGAUUUGUUUACUCAAGCGCUUAUCUCUUUCGUUUGAGUUUGGUGCAAACUGCUGUGUUUGGCUGCUGAGUCAAGGAGUAAAUGGUCUCCGUUUUUCUCCCUGUCA